GAUUUGUUUACUCAUUCAGCGGGUGCGCGCCCCAGUCCAAGAUGGCUACUGGAGACAAUAGCGGUCGGGUUCCGUGUUUAAAUUUCUCCGGACACGGACCUUUGGGUAACAGCCAACCGAGCAACAGUCCUUACGCCUUGGCUGCGAGUCACGGAGGAUCCGUUGGAGGCGGCGGAGGCUCUCAUGGCGUAACGAGACGCUCAAACCCUCAAACGGGGCCCGCGGGAUUGGAAAGCCCCGGUGUUGCCUCUGGACCUCCGCCGAAUCUGAUGAACUCUCUCCCGGCUGCCGCGGCGGUGAUGGGGCCGCUGGGCGGGGCGAUGGCUCCGGCCGCCUCUAAUAUGACAGGAAGCCCGUCUAACGCAGUGAUGACACCGGCGGCCGCCACACACUCGUCUCUGUCCGCUGCCCCGGCCGCAGCUGCCGUGCUCGUGUACCGGGAGCCUGUUUAUAACUGGCAAGCGACGAAAAGCACCGUUAAAGAGAGAUUUGCGUUUUUGUUCAAUAAUGAAGUACUGAGUGAUGUUCACUUUCUAGUGGGGAAAGGAAUGGGAGUCCAGCGGAUACCUGCACACAGGUUUGUUCUGGCAGCUGGCAGCGCAGUAUUUGAUGCCAUGUUUAACGGAGGCAUGGCCACCACAUCCACAGAGAUCGAGCUUCCUGAUGUAGAAGCUGCAGCGUUCCUGUCAUUGCUCAAGUUCCUGUACUCUGAUGAAGUUCAAAUUGGCCCAGAGACGGUGAUGACGACUCUCUACACCGCUAAGAAAUACGCCGUCCCGGCCCUGGAGGCCCACUGUGUGGAGUUCCUCAAGAAGAACCUGCGAGCGGACAACGCGUUCAUGCUGCUCACACAGGCGAGACUGUUCGAUGAGCCGCAGCUGGCCAGUCUGUGCCUGGAGAACAUCGACAAAAACACAGGAGACGCUCUGGCUGCGGAAGGAUUCACAGAUAUUGAUAUUGACACACUGGUUGCGGUGUUGGAGAGAGAUACUCUGGGCGUGCGGGAGGUGCGUUUGUUCGGAGCGGCGGUCCGCUGGGCAGAGGCUGAAGCCCACCGGCAGCAGCUGCAGCCCACGCCGGAGAACAAGAGACGCGUGCUGGGAAAAGCCCUCGGACUCAUCCGCUUCCCGCUCAUGACUAUAGAGGAGUUCGCCGCAGGUCCUGCUCAGUCGGCCAUUCUGACGGACCGAGAGGUGGUGAGUCUCUUCCUGCACUUCACGGUGAACCCUAAACCACGCGUGGAGUUCAUCGACCGGCCGCGUUGCUGUCUGCGGGGGAAGGAGUGCAGCAUCACACGCUUCGGGCAGGUGGAGAGCCGCUGGGGCUACAGCGGGACCAGCGACCGCAUCCGGUUCUCUGUAAGCCGCAGGAUAUUUAUUGUGGGUUUUGGGCUUUAUGGAUCUAUACACGGACCGACAGACUACCAGGUCAACAUACAGAUCAUUCACACAGACAGCAACACGGUUCUGGGUCAGAACGACACCGGCUUCAGCUGUGACGGGUCGGCCAACACGUUCAGGGUCAUGUUUAAGGAACCGGUGGAAGUUCUGCCCAAUGUCAAUUACACAGCCUGUGCCACGUUAAAGGGUCCAGACUCACACUACGGCACUAAAGGCAUGAGGAAGGUCACGCACGAGUCGUCCGGCACCGGCACCAAAACCUGCUUCACGUUCUGCUACGCCGCAGGCAACAACAACGGCACGUCCGUGGAGGACGGCCAGAUCCCAGAAGUCAUCUUCUACACGUAGGGGUCAAGCGUGGACCGCUUCGAUUGGCACAUAAUAUUGCACUUGACCGUAACACUGACAGUAUAUAACGGACGCACGAACCUCUCGUCGCUGUUAUAGGAUGAAGGUUCGUCUGAUGUUGCAGUUAGACUUCGGAGGGCUCAUAUUUACAAUGACUGUUAACAGUGAAUUACUCACCCAUGACUGACUGACAUGUAACAAAUGUAUCUUUAUUUUUGUGUAUCGGAUUCUGCAUCAGUCGAUCUGGGUCGCAAUUAAAAAAUCUUGCCAAAAAAGCACCUCAUAAUGUUUUAGAGCUUUACAUUUAACUGCAUUAUAUGGGAAAAAACGAGUUUUGAUGUGUAUGCAACUAAUGAUUUGUAGCUACGCUGCCCUACAGAAGCAAAAAGCAGUACAUAUUACUGUCUUUUAGAUUAUUAUAUGGAAAAAAAUGACAUGAAAUCAAUCAGUUUCCAUGUUGGAGUAGUUACUGCGUUCAGCUUUGGUGUGGCAGUGUGAUUGCAGACCUGAAGUCUUUGGGAACAUCUUUUCUUUUGUGCCAAGGUUUCCUCUUACAUUCAGCACUUAAUUGAACUAGAGGGUGAAAAUCCAUUCAGGAACAGUAUUUAUUUACAGGAUGAAGCUCAGUCCUUGUGCAUGCCGUCAUUGAGGCUGUUCAGAUCAGACACACACUCUGAUGUUUCUUGAUUGUAGAUGGGUCGGUUAUAUUGGGUCUUUGUAUGACUGCUCAUGUCCAAUAAAGUUAAAUCAUUCUUUA